GUAGCAGUCAAUCACUUCUCACUAAAACAAGAAAUCAUCUCACAAGAAGAAGGAAUACUGUCUAUCAAGGAAAGGAAUCAUGAAGACUCUACUCUCACUCUUCUGUCUGGUUACUUACCUGACCUGUGCUCUGAGUCAGCACCCAGUCUCUCUUGAUAUGGCUUGUAAUAAAGCUCUUUCUGCAGUUGCUUGCUCUUUUGAGUUUACCAACAAUGGGAAUGAGGAUCUUUAUCUACUCAAACGUAACACUCCUCUUGAAGGACUCAACUCUCAAUUUGUCUCUGUCUCUCUUGACGGUCGUCCACUGGAAUAUGAAGGAAUCAUCAUUCAUCGUCUCCCUCCUACAAAGGAUGAGUUUGUUCUCUUGAAGGCAGGUGAGAGUAUUUCUGCUUUGGUCCAAAUCACUGAUGCCUUUAGCAUUGAUACUGAUGGUCUCUACACUGUACAAUACAGUAGACCUUUACAGUAUCUGUCAGUGAAUGAGAUGAGUGAAAUGUCUACUGGUAAGCUUAGGGAAUCGAUUGUACGUGAAUCCGUUCACAUUCAUUUGGAAGACACUUCUCUUCUCUCAAGGCCAAAGAAAGAGGAAACAAAAGCCAAUUACAUUGUCCACCUUGAAGCCUGUGGCAGUGCUAGUUUUGUUGGUGAUAGAAACAACUCUGCUACACUGGAUGCCCAUAAGAAGCUCUGCUCUGGAAUUGAUAAAGCUAAAGGCGGAGUUGGUAACAAUAAAGUAUAUGUUACAUGGUUUGGUACAUACACAUCUGGCAGGGCUACCAAAGUUAAGGAGGUGUACCAGAAAAUGAGAGAUGGUAUAGGAAGCAAAACGUGCACAUACCAUAAUAAUGGCCCGUUAUGUAAGCCUAACUAUUAUGCCUAUACAUACAAGGGAUCUACUACCGUGUACCUCUGUGAUGUUUAUUAUGGAGACCCAACUGAUUGCAGCAAGACUGGCGAGAGCAAGGAAGGUACACUGAUUCACGAAUGGGCCCACGCUUUUGCCUACAUUGAUGAUGUUACUUAUGGUCGUACUAAUUGCAAGAAUUUAGCCAAGAGUAAUCCAGAUGAUGCUGUCAGGAAUGCUGAUACUUAUCUGUAUCACUACUGUGAUUUGCAGUAAGGAGCUCAUCAGCUAAAAGCCAAGAACUUUAGGACUCAUGCAACACUAUAGGACAUGCACAGUUUAUUUUUGC